AAAAUGUGAGGGAAACUAGAACAUUACACAGUGCUACACUAGAACUGAACAAGUGCUUCAACUAACACCAGGAGUAGGAUACUACUAUUAUAUUUAAUUCAAUAAUACCAGGAAAAUUGUGGUAACAGUGUUACUGGUACACGAGGGGCUAGUGUAGAAUUGGAAUAUGACAAAAUGACAUAAAAGUAUAACAACACAAAAAUACCAAAAGCAUAAAAAUAAAGGAUUGUUCGUGAAUAAUAUUUAUACCUCCAGCCUGUUCAAUCUUAAAUUACUUUUAUUCAAGAUUGUGUAUUAUUCAAUGAAUAUUGGACUCAUAGUUAUUUGGAACUUCUAUCAUUCAGUAAAUAUUGGAUUUAUAUUUCCUGAACAUCAUGCAGCAUACAUUAGACCAGUAAACUAAGAAAUUUAGGCGGAAAACAUUUGGAAUUUACCUAAAAAUACUUAAGUAUCAGGGACUUUGUUAGCGAGGUCAUUAAUACUCCUGAUGUGAUCAAUGAUGGUGAUUGUAUGACAAAGAAAGCUGAUGGAAUGAUGCGUCAUGCAAAAAGUGUGGUCAAUGAUGCUGAGGGUAUGGAAAACAACAUGGACUAUGGUAGCAAGGUCAUUAAUACUGAUGAUCUGAUCAAUGAUACUGAUGGUAUGGUAAACCAUGUUGAUGAAACGAUACAUGAUGCUGAUGUUGGGUUGAAUAAUGUUGAUAGGAUUAACACUGCCAAAAGUAUGACAAAUAAUUCUGCUCCUUCAAUGAAUGAUGAUACUUCUAAUGUUAAAAUGAAUACAAAUGGUUUUCAAGGACUGGCAAAUGGCCACAAAGGAGAACAUAUUUGUGAUAUAUGCCAUAGAGUGUGGAAAUGUAAGUCUAGACUAGUGAAACAUCAUACAAUCCAUACUGGAGAAAAUAACUUCAAAUGUGAUGUUUGUUCUAAAGCAUUUGCAUACAAGUCUUCUCUUUUUUUACACAAGAGUAUUCAUACUGGAGAAAAGAAGUUCAAAUGUGAUGUUUGUUCUAAAGCAUUUAUGCAAAAGAGUACUCUUAAUGUACAUUAUUUAAGAAUUCACACUGGAGAAAGGGACUUUAAAUGUGAUGUUUGUUUAAAAACAUUUGCACAAAAAGCAGCCCUUAACAUACAUUAUAGAAUCCAUACUGGAGAAAAGGACUUCAAAUGUGAUAUUUGUUCAAAAACAUUUAGCCGGAAGGAUACUCUUAACACACAUAAGAGAAUUCAUACUGGAGAAAAGAAUUUCAAAUGUGAUGUUUGUUCUAAAACAUUUGCACAAAAGUCUUGUCUUAAACAACAUUAUAAAAUUCAUACUGGAGAAAGGAACUUCAAAUGUGAUGUUUGUUCUCAAACAUUUGAACAAAAGUCUUGUCUUAAACAGCAUUAUAAAAUUCACACUGAAGAAAAGAACUUAAAAUGUGAUAUUUGUUCUCGAACAUUUGCACAAAAGUCUUGUCUUAAAAAACAUUAUAAAAUUCAUACUGGAGAAAAAAACUAUAAAUGUGAUGUUUGUUCUAAAACAUUUUCAAGAAAGUUUUCUCUUAACUUACAUCAUAGAAUUCAUACUGGAGAAAAGAACUUCAAGUGUGAUGUUUGUUCUAAAACAUUUACACUUAAGUAUUCUCUUAACUUACAUUAUAGAAAUCAUACAGGAGAAAAAAACUUCAAAUGUGAUGUUUGUUCUAAAACAUUUGCACGUCAGUCUAAUUGUAACCAACAUUACAAAAUUCAUACUGGAGAAAAGAACUUCAAAUGUGAUGUUUGUUUAAAAGCAUUUGCACAAAAGUCUGGUCUCAAAAAACAUUAUAUAAUUCACACUGGAGAGAGGAACUUCAAAUGUGAUGUUUGUUCUAAAACAUUUGCACGUCAGUCUAAUUGUAACCAACAUUACAAAAUUCAUACUGGAGAAAAGAACUUCAAAUGUGAUGUUUGUUCUAAAGCAUUUGCACAAAAGACUGAUCUCAUCAGACAUUGUAGAGUUCACACUGGAGAAAAGAGCUACAAAUGUGAUCUUUGUUAUAAAACAUUUAUUCAUAGAUCUUCUUUUAAAAUACAUUAUACAAUCCAUACUGGAGAAAAGAACUUGUGAUGUUUGUUUUAAAAAAUUUGCUCAAAAAUCGCAUCUUAGUUUACAUUAUAGAAUUCAUACUGGUGAAAAGAGUUUCAAUUGUGAUGUUUGUUCUAAAACAUUUGCAGUUAAGUCUAAUCUUAACCAACAUUAUAGAACUCACACUGUAGAAAAGAACUUUAAAUGUAAUGUUUGUUCUAAAGCAUUUUCACAGGAAUAUUAUCUCAAAAAGCACAAUAAAAUUCAUGCUAGAGGAAACAAACUUUGAAUGUGAUAUUUAAACACAACUUAAGAUAAAGCUAAGGUUGCAUAAAGAUGUCACUGAGUGAAGUACAUCCAAAAAGACAUAUCAAGAAUGAAACAAAAAAUUAUAUAUUAUGGAAGUUGACUGGGAUUCAUUUGUUUGAUAAUAUAAUACAAAAUCACAGUAAACUAGCGUUUUAAAGUCGUACAUAAGGCCCAUAAUGUAGAAAAGUUUGGAUAGAACUCAUAAAAUGCUUGAUUAUUGAAACUUAAUGAUAAGCAGUUUUGUAAAUAUCUUAUAAUAAAGGAAAUAUAUUUUACUUUAAAAAGUAA